AUGUUCGUGCUUGCCGCGUUGUUCCUCGCAUGCCGAGUUGUGGGCAAGGCUAUGAGACUCGCAAAAUGGGGCGCUGACGACAGCUUGGUAGUCCUUGGGUUUCCAACCUGGCUCAUCUGGGAGGGCUGGCGUGACAAGGAGCCCCGCGGUGUCGUCCUCGACCUGAACAAGAUGGGUAUUGUGCACAGCAGUAUGAACAUCGCGCUCGAAGUUUGGAUGCUUCUCCUUCCCCUGACCCAGCUUUACAAGUUGAAUCUGAAGAUGAAGAAGAAGCUUGGCGUGAUUGCUAUGUUCAGUAUGGGUAUAUUGUAA